AUGAGCUUUCAUGUUAAUUUCAAUACUCACGGACGAGAUUUGAAUGACGCUCUUCAAGCUGUCAUUAGCGAAAGGGACGAUACCAAUUGGGUAAUUUAUGCAUAUGAUAAAGGAACCUACGACCUUCGAGUUCAAGCAACUGGCGAUGACGGUCUGGAAGGUUUAUGCGAUGAAUUCUCGGAUGGUAAAGUUCAGUUCGCUUAUGCUAAAGUGAUAGACCCUAACACUGAGCUCCCCAAGUUUGUAUUCAUUGGUUGGUGUGGCAGCGGUGUCCCCGAGUUAAGAAAAGCAUUUUUCAACUCUCAAUUAAGCGACGUAUCUAAAUUUGUUAAGAGUUAUCAUGUUCAAAUUAAUGCUCGCGACGAAGCCGACGUUGAGCCAUCCUUAAUUAUGAAGCGCGUUGCCGAAUCAUCAGGUGCUAAUUAUAGUGUGCAUAAAGAAACAAACAAGCCUUUACCUCGAGCUGAGCCGGUUGGAUCUAGCUACAAAAAGACAGAAAUUCCUGAUAUUGCCGCUAUGCAGCGAGAAGCGAUGACCAAAGAUAAUAUGCCAAAGCCUGUCGGUACAAACUAUACACCCAUCAAAACUGAACCCAAGAAAUUAUCACAACGUUGGAACAUUCAGGGCGAAGAUGACAAUAGUAAGGCACAAGCUGUACGCGCGGAACGCGAACAAUUUGAGAAAGAAGUACGUGAACGUGAAAUGCAGAGGCAGCAAUCUACUCGUCAAUCAGAUAUGAAGCAAGAGGAAGAAGAUAAGAGAAGACGACAACAAGAAGAAGAGGAGGAAAAUAAACGUAGAGUACAACAGCAAGAGGAAGAAGAGAGAUUAAGACGUGAAAAAGAAGCUCAACAAAAGCGACAGCAAGAAGAAGAAGAACGUCGUCGUCAAUUAAGGGAGGAAGAGGAAGAAAGGGCUAGAAGGGAGGAAGAGGAACAAAAAGAUAGUUUGAAGCAGAAGCAGCAAGAAGAGGAGGAAGCGGAGAGACGCAGACAGCAAGAAAUUGAAGAGGAAGACAGAAGACGUCAGCAGCAACAACAGCAACAGCAAGCAGAAGAAGAGCGCAGACGUCAACAAGAAGCAGCCGAAGAGGAGGAACGGAAACGCCGUCAGCAAAAGCAACAAGAAGAAGAGGAACAAAGACGUAAGCGUCAGCAGGAAGAAGAAGAACAGAGACGUCGUGAAGCUGAGGAAGCUCAGAGAACCGAAAAGGAGCGUCUUCAAAGGCAGCAAGAGGAAGAAGCUUCUCUUCAGUCACAGCUGAAUGAGACUGCGGACCGUGCUGUACAUACAUCUCAAUCUGCAGGUGCUGCUGCUGCUGAUCCUAAGAAGGAUCAGCAUCAUGGCAUUUCUGCUGUUGUCUUGUUUGACUACGAUGCUGACGAAUCCAAUGAAAUGUCAUUGAUUGAAGGUGAACUUAUCACUCAAAUCGAUCAAGUUGAUGAAGGCUGGUGGUUCGGUAUCAGUGAAGAUGGAAACAAACAAGGUCUCUUCCCAGCCAAUUAUGUUCAACUCUUAGAGGAGGGUCAUCGAAAUAAUGAUGAUACAGCAGCAGCAGCACAGCCCGCACCAUCCCAACAAGAAAGUCAACCGCAAAAUCAGACAGAGACGGAACAAGGACACGUUGCUGUUGCUUUGUAUGAUUAUGAUGCUGAAGAAGAUAAUGAAAUUUCUUUUGCUGAAGGUGACAAGAUUACUCAAAUCGAAUUCGUCAGUGACGAUUGGUGGCAAGGUGUAGAUGCCAGCGGCAAGAAGGUUGGCUUAUUCCCUGCUAAUUAUGUUGAGCUAAAGCAAUAG